AAUACAGUGAUAGCAUUCUAUAUAUUUGAUAUAAUAUAGUCCUGUCUUUCUGAACAUUUUUUUCAGUGUUCUUGGAUAACACAUCUGCAUAGUUUAUUGACUGAGCACAAUGAGCAGUGAAGAAGAAGCAUGGGAGAAAUUGGAUUCAGAAUUUGACCAUUAUGUUGUGGAUAUGAAAUCUUAUGUUUUAAAACUACCUCAUAAAUCAGAACGUUACAGAUGUGCUGUUUGGAUUAAAAAACUUUGUGAGCCUUCAGGUGCUGGUACAGGAAUUGUUGGUAGAAAGAAUAGAAACUUAUAUGCAAAACUGCUUCUUCAUAUGCUAAAGCGAGGAGUGCUGGAAGGACCGUUUACACAAAAACCUGAAUCAGGCAUAUUGAAAACACUUCCAUCAUACAUGUCAAUCUAUUUUGAUGAACCAAGUUCAAAAAGAGCUUGGAGUAACAUGCCAGAAGAUUUACGUGACUGGGUCAUGGAAGAAUUGGGCCAAAGUGACUAUAAACCAGAUGAAUCCUGGAAACUUUCCUUUAAAGAAGAGUCUGCUUUGGUUAGCACACCAUCUAAACAGAG